UAGGGGGACAGACUAAGGGAGUCAGGGACCCAGACGUGCCUCUCCUUGCCCACGCCCCUCGCCCGCCCGCCCCAGGGCUGCUCCAGCCCCGGCGGGCUUUUCCCUGACCCUGUCACCGCCGGUCCUUGGCCCAACAUGAUUCUGACCAAAGCCCAGUACGACGAGAUAGCCCAGUGCCUAGUGUCCGUACCGCCCACCAGGCAGAGCCUGAGGAAGCUGAAGCAGAGGUUCCCCAGUCAAUCGCAGGCCACUCUGCUGAGUAUCUUCUCCCAGGAGUACCAGAAACAUAUUAAAAGAACACAUAGCAAGCAUCAUACUUCUGAGGCAAUUGAAAGUUAUUACCAAAGGUACCUGAAUGGAGUGGUGAAAAAUGGAGCUGCCCCAGUGCUCCUGGAGCUGGCCAAUGAGGUGGAGUAUGCACCCUCAUUAAUGGCUCGGAUUAUACUGGAGAGGUUUCUGCAGGAACAUGAUGAAACUCCACCCUCCAAGUCUGUUAUAAAUAGUAUGCUACGGGACCCUUCUCAGAUUCCAGAUGGAGUUCUAGCAAAUCAGGUCUAUCAGUGCAUUGUGAACGACUGCUGUUAUGGACCAUUGGUGGACUGCAUCAAACAUGCUAUUGGUCAUGAGCAUGAAGUCUUGCUGAGAGACUUGCUUCUGGAGAAAAACCUGUCCUUUCUAGAUGAGGAUCAGCUCCGUGCGAAGGGUUAUGACAAAACACCAGACUUUAUUUUACAAGUACCAGUUGUAAUGCUUUGUCUCUUAGCUGUAGAAGGGCACAUAAUUCACUGGAUUGAAAGCAAAGCCUCAUUUGGUGAUGAAUGUAGCCACCACGCCUACCUGCAUGACCAGUUCUGGAGCUACUGGAAUAGAUUUGGGCCGGGCUUAGUCAUCUACUGGUACGGAUUUAUCCAGGAGCUGGACUGCAACCGGGAAAGGGGUAUCCUGCUCGCCGCCUGCUUCCCCACGGACAUUAUCACCUUGUGCCAUAGCACCGCGUGAGCCCACAGACCCGGAGGAGAAGCUGGGCGCAAGAGGUGAAUCCGGAAGCAGUUGACUUUCCUGCAGUGUAAACUCCUGGCAACAUCUGCCCUGAACUUCAGCUGAACUCGUGCUGCGUGGCCACGCCACUACCUCUCUAGACAAACAUAUCAGGAGUUUCUGUUUUCCUUCAUCCCUUGCUGAUGCUAACAGCCAAGAACUACAGACACAACCCACUCAUUAUCAGCGUUUCUGUCUCUGUCAAACAGUUAGUUUAUAGAUAGUCAUAAUCUUUCUGCCUUCCAGAUGGUUUCUCCUUCUACAGGAAACAAAAGAAAAACCAUAGAGACUGAAAGGUGUGAUUUUUCAAUUCUCCCAGCCACCUUCUUAUUUUCUUCCUAAGCCUCUAUUCAUCCUCUCUCCCUCCCCUGUUCUUCCCAUACAUGCUUCCAGAUGCACUGUCAUCAUGGAAUAACCCAGAACAAACCUAGAAAGCUGAAGACGUGAAGCUGGACAGGUUUUCCCUCUCACCUGUGGGGCUUCAGCGUCCCUGGGCCGAAGCCUGUGCGGCCCCCGCCCUGUGCAGUCUGUACAGUUUCCUGGCUUCUGUGGCACAGGGCCAGGCUGCACAAAUACCCUUGAUGAGAAUGUCCGCUUUUGAUAAGGCUUAUUUGAACACCAAGCAUUUUACAUUUAUAUCAUUUAAAAGUAUUAGUUGUGUCUGGAAGCCACACUCUUUGGCUUGUGGGUAAGAGAAAGGAUAGAAAUUAAUGGCCCGUGCUGUCCAGAGUUUAUCUUUAAACAUGAUUAGUUGUCAGUACUAUGCUAGCCAGUAUGUUUAUGAAUAAAAAAGCACAUUUUGUAGUAUACUGCUUUGUGUCUACAUUUUAUAGUACAUAACUAUAAAACACUCAGAUAAUUUAGACAUUAGAAAUGUUUGGCUUUGAAUGAAUUAAAUAUACCAAAAGUAAACCUAGGGAAAUUUUCACAUAAGCAAGCUAAAGUAGAUUUUAUAUUUGUCACAUUAGCUUAUUCACUUUUAUAUACUAUAGACCAGACUUCAGUCUAAAGGAAACCACACAUCAAUAAAUGAAGUAUAAGUAUAUCUUUUCAGUGUCUGAGGAGAUAGUUCAGUGGUGUAAGCACCUGCCUGGCUAGCCCAAGGUCCUCAGUUCAA